UUGACUUCGCCAUCCACCCCGCAUUCCGUUUGCUCUGUUUGCUCUAAAUCCUUUUGUUUGUGCUCGAGUAUUGCAUCAGAGCUUGAUCUUAUCACAUUUCCCAUUCUAGCUAUCGUUGAAACUUCACAUCCAUAAAUUCAUCACCUCACGCCAAAAUGGCCAAUAAUCCACUCAGUUCAGAUUCUAUCCUACACCAUAUGGCCGAAGCCUUACCUUCUCAUCAAAAAAAUGAUACCAAUUCCGAUAUAAGCAGUUCUUAUGAAGCCAUAGCACUUUUCUCUCAUGCAUGCAUGAUCGCAGUAGGAUUCCGGCUUCUGGGAUUCGGAGAAGGACAAAAGAAUGGUAAGCUUCACUAUCCGGUCCAUUUAAAGCAUGCAUUAUUAACAAAUCAUCAGAAGCAGAAUGCACACAACUCGCUCCACGUUUAUCAACGAAAUGGAAUUCCUCUUUCGGAUCUCAUUCUUUCCUUUACGCACAUUCGCAAUCUUCCAUGCAAUACGUCGUGAAAGUCGAUCGACUAGGUGGAAAGGCAGAAAUUAGAGGAAUAGGACUCGGUGAUGAAAGAAUAACACGUUUCGAAAUCACAGCCAAAGAUUAUAUCUCUUCAGCUGCUCUUCCACUUCGAAUACCCUUUUCAAAUGAUGAAGAAGAUCGCACAAAUCUCGAAUCAAAGCUCAAAGAGAUUUUUAUCUCUCCUUCUAGAAUCGCAGAUCUCGCUUCCUUAUUCAAGGUAAACAUUAUCCAAAAACUCCUUCCUUCCCUACAAAAAGAAGGUUAUGAAGAAUCUCAAAAUCAAGGCGAAUCUGAAGCUUCCCGGGUUCAUGAUGAAAGAGAAGAACAACAUGCUCGACGAAAUCCUCGAAAUCCUCUCGCCGACCCAAAUCUUCCAGCACCAGCACGUCCAUAUCCCUUCCACGAUCCUCUCGCAGACCAACCACGUCGCCCUAUCCCAGCAGGUGAUUUCCCACCUCCUGGUUUUGACGACGAAUUAGAUCUCAACCGACCUUUACGUGGUAUGGUUCAACCAGCAGGUUCACCCUUCAACAUUGGUCACGAUGAUUUGCAUCCACCAGGACUAGGUCCUAAUGACCCUCUACGUGGUUCGUUUACAGGUGGAAGAGGAGCUGGUGGUCUAGGUGGUUUCGGUGGUAUGCAUCCUACAUUCGACGAUCCAUUAUUUGCCGGACAAGGACAGGGACAAAGAGGUGCUGGUAGAAAUGGAGGUUUUAAUCCGCAAGCUCCCCCUGGAGCAAGAUAUGAUCCGUUAGGACCAGGUGAUGGACCUCAGAGGGGAGGUGGUGGAAGACCACCUAAUCCAUUUGGUGGGUUUGGAAGUGGUGAUUUUAUUUAAUGUUGAAAGGAAGGAAAAUUAAGGGAACAUGUAUGAUUGAAAUAAGAAAGGAAGGGAAAGGAAAUAAAAGGAAAGGAAAAAAGCUGGGGGUAUUAUGAUUUUAUUUAUGCAAACACAGGACAGACACUCUACGACAUAACGAUUAUGACAAACAAGUUUCUCAAGGGGGAGGCGUUAGGCCAUGGGGAAAUGAAGGGGAAAAUAAAAAUGAAGCAGCGACUAUUAGUAUUAUUCCCCUCUCUGCGAAAAGAAAUUUUAUUAACAAAGUUGUUAAUCUAUU